AUGCCACCCGAGGAGACAACUGCCGCUGUUGCUGCUGCUGCUACCAAUCAGCAGCAGCAGCAGCAGCAUGAUGCGAAGUUCGUGCGGCUGCUGGCGGAGAAGGGCAAGGUAGACUUAGCUCUCGUCAACACCGUGACAGGAGAUGCGUACCCGCCUACCGGCAAUUUUCCUCUCCCUGCAUCAGGAGACAACAGCAGCAGCAGCAGCAGCAGCAGCAGCAGCAGCUGGAAGGCUUAUCCAAUACUGCCCCCAGCAUUUCGUGCUGCAGCAACACAAACCCUAAACAUUUGCUUCCCGGGUGUGAAUUGGGCAGGUGUAUGUACAGCAGCAGCAGAGCAGCAAGCAGGAGGAGCAGAAGCAGCAGCAGCAGCUGCUGCUGCUGCAGAACUGGGGCGCGAAUUCACCCGACGUGUUGCUGCUGCUGCUGAUCCGGCAAGACACACGUGGAUCCUCGUACACAUGCAGCAGCAGCAGAAGCAACAACAACAGCAGCAGCAGCAGCAGCCGGUUGCUGCGGGCGCCGUUCAUGAAUCUGCUUGGUCUCCCUCUUCUUGCUCCUCGCGAGCAGCAGCAGCAGCAGCAGCAGCAACCCCUGAUGCGGCAGCAGCAGCAAACCCCACUUGUUCCCUAACCACCCGCCAGGCUCUGUUCUUGCAGCAGUGGCGUUGCAAUGUUGCUGCGCUGCUGGAGGCGCAGCGGCUGCCUGAAGAGCUGCAGCAGCAGUUGGCUGCCUCAGCAACAGCAGCAGCAGCAACAGCAGGAGCAGCAGCAGCUAAAGAAGCAGCAGCUAAGGCCUCUCCAGCUGCUGCUAGUGUUGCUGCUGCUGCACAGCUCCAGGCAGCAAGGCGGCGCCUAGCAACCCGCUACGCAUUCCUUAUAAAAGAACGUCAGCAGCACCAGCAGCAGCAGCACCAACAGCAGCAACAGCAACAGCAGCAACAGCAACAUCAGCCGUGCCCCCCCAGCAGCAGCAACAGCCGCAGCAGCAGCAGCAGCAGCAGCAGCAGCAACAGCAGCAGCAGGACGCCUGAGGAGGCGCAGCUUGCUGGGUGGUAUUGGCCGUCAACUCUGCAGCAGCAGCGAGAGACAGCAAAAUCGCUCGAUGCUGCACUUGCUCAGCAAAUUAAAGCCCAAAGAUUGCUGCAGCAGACUCCAUAUGGCGUGUGCAUAUGUGGGCAGGCCGAGUUGUUGUCUUCUGACUUCUCUUGCCGUAUCGUUGAGAGGCAGCAACGCAUCGUGCUGUAUGAGCAAAGCUCUCGGGUGUACGGACGGCGGGAUGUCUUCGCCGAUUGGAGUGGGGAGCACCACCGCAUGCGUCGAGCGUUUCUGCUGCAGCUGCAGCAGCAGCAGCAGGUGCUGCAGCAGCAGCAGCAGCAGCAGGUAAAACAGCUGCAGCAGGAACUCGAGCGGUAUCGCCUCAAAGCACAACAGAAGUCAGAGACAAACAGAGAAGACAGAAGGAGAAUAGAGAAGCAGCAGAGCGAGCUGAGGGCUUUACAAAGAAGGCUUCAUAAAAAGAGGCAGCAGCAGCAAAAGCGCCGUCUGCUGCUGCGGCACAUCGGGCGGCAGGCUGCUGCGUUGUUGCUGCGCCAGCCAAGCCAGCAGCAGCAGCAGCAGCAGCAACAGCAACAGCAGCACCAGCAGCCGCAUGUGCUGCAACAGAGACUCGAGCAGCAGCAGCAGGCCCUCGACGAUGCCUUGGCGCUGCUCAUAGAAACUCAGCAAGCCCUUGAGGACUCCGCCUCUUCAUCGGAUGCUGCUGCUGCUGCGCAGCAGCAGCAGCAAAAGCAGCAACGUCUGCAGCAGAAGCUGCAGCAGCAGCACAAGCAGCAACAAAGACACAGGCUCGCACGGCCAGACCAACAUCAACAGCAGCACCUGCAGCAGCACGGAAAGCAGCAUCAUCUGAAACAGCUGCAGCAGCAGCAAAAAAAGAUGCCUGCCAGCCUUGGAGAUGCACAAGCAUCCUCCUGGGUCCCGCCGCUGAAGCGCCGCUGCAGCGCAGCACAAGACACGAUGCAGCAGCACCAGCAGCAGCAACAGCAGCAGCAGCGCGAAGGAAAACUCAUGAAGCACUCCGGAUUAGCCGGAAGUGAAGGUGCUGCUGCAUCAGCUGCAGCAGCAGCAGCUACUGCAGCAGCUGCUGCUGCAGACCGACAUGCGCCAAGCACGAUGCGCCUAAUGAUUAGACCCAUGAGUGCUGCUGCUGCUGCUCCGCAGCAGCAACAGCAGCAACGACACCCGGAGAAGCAGCACCAACAGCAGCAGCAGCACCAGCAGCAGCAGCACCAGCAGCAGCAGCAACGAAGCACGGAAAAUCCCCAGGCAUUUGCUGAGGGUUGUGGCAGCCAUAGAGAUCGACCCCAGCAAUUGCAGCAGCAGCAGCAGCAGCAGCAGCAACAGCUGCAGCAGCAACACCAGCAGCAACAGCAGAUUUCAUCACGGACAACAGCAGAUUGUCCUCUGAAGCAAACCCUCGAGAGCACGAGCCUGAUGAUGGAAGAGGAGCAGCCGCUUUGCUGCAGCAGCGGCAGCGAAAAGGGGCCACUGAUGAUGCACUCAUCAUCAGCUGCUGUUGCUGCUGCUGCAGCAGCAGGAGAGACAGCUCUUAUGCAAGACAGUGCAGCAGACCCAGAAGGAAGCAGCUGCCCGGAUAACCACAUCCACUGCGACACAGCAGCAGCAGCAACAGGAUCUGCUGCUGCUGCUGCUGCGAGCAGUGUAAACGGCACUGCAGCAGCAGCAAGCGAUUCCUGGGAUCGUCUCCACGGCAGCAGCAGCUGCAGCAAAAGCGACCUUGAGAGCGACAGCCAGAACAGCUGGAACGAUAGCGGCAGCAACAGCAACAGCAUGAGCAGCAGCAGCAGCAACGGGAGCAGCACCAGCAGCAACAGCAGCAGCAGAAGCUGGCGCAAGGGCUCUACUGGAGCGCCGCUGCACGCACAGGGGGAAAGGGCGGCAGCAGCAGCAGCAGCAGCAACAGGGACACCGGCAAUAGGAAAAUACUCAGCACUUCUCAGUGCUGCUGCUGCUGCUGCAGGCCUCAGUGCAGAGGCGCUGCAGCAGCUGUCUUGGCUCGAUGAGAGACGCUCCGACAGAACGGUUGUUCCCCCUAGCCAAGAUCCUUACCGAGACGGAUCUCUCUUCACUGAGUGCUUGCAUUUAGAGACGUCACUCUUCGCGCUGCUCCGCUUGGCCAGCACCGACAGCCCCCCGCCAGACACGGUAGCGAAUAUUCUUCAAUUGAAUCGACUGCUGCUGGAGGCCAAGCGGCAGCUGGAUGCGGGUCGCUACCGCCUCCUCAAGCAGAUGAAGCUCCUUUUGGCGGAGUCCAACUCUCCCUUCAACAACUUCCACCAACUAAGGCGGGGCUAUCGCCUUUUAAAUAUGCUGGGCCGAGGCGGUUUUGCAGAAGUCUGGGAGGUGUUUGACCCGCUUACCUGCUCGGUGGCGGCAGCCAAGCUGCACGUGCUUUCUUCUGUAAAGAGAGAAAGAGAAAGAUUAAAAAUUGUUAAGCGCAUUGUGGAAAUGAAGGCUUGCUUUGAGAUGGGGAACGAUGUUCUCGCCAGCAUCCUACAGUUCUGCGAAGGAGGUGACCUGGACCACUACUUGAAGAUUUCGGGGCCUCUAGAGGAGCCUUUGGCGGCUCGCUGGGUCCGGCAGAUUCUGCUGGCCCUGCAUUACUUGAAGCACCAACCCAAUGGCAGCAUAUACCACCUGGACGUGAAGCCUGGAAACGUUUUGCUGCAAGAAGGAGACUGCAAGUUAGCAGACUUCGGGCUCAGCUGUUUCGUCCCUAAGGGAGAGACAAAACCCUUUACUGGGGGAGGGACCCUCUGGUACCAGCCCCCAGAGUGCCUGCUGCUGCAGCAGCAGCAACAGCAGCAGCAACAGCAACAGCAGCAGCAACAGCAGCAGCAGCAGCAGCAGCAAGUCCGACAGCAGCACAAGCAACACCAGCAACCCCCGCACAUCGAUGCCGCCCCUCAAGAUCGACUGAAGAAAGAAACCUCUCCCAGGGACCAGCAGCAGCAGCAGCAACAACAACAGCAGCUGCUGCCUCUAGUGGUGCUAGCGGAUGAGAAGAUCGACAUAUGGGCAGUGGGGUGUAUCCUGUACGAAAUGCUGUUUAACAAGCGACCCUUCUGCCGCGGACUUCCCCCCGGCCAUGCCGACCCUUCAGCGCACAUCAUCGCCAACGCUAAGGAAGGUCUGAUUGUUCCCAACGGGCCCCGCAAGAUCUCAGAUGCAGCAGAGGAUAUGCUGCGGCGUUUGCUUGCGUACGACCCUCGGGAGCGGCUGUCUUUAGAAGAAGCCUUAGCACAUCCUUUCUUACAGCGGCCCCCAGCAGGCGCUGAGCUUGCCGAUAGAAUAGAGGAGACAAUUCGGGCUCUUGAAAAGCAAUAA